GCCUAUUUAUUCCGCCCCGAAAGUCCACUUCCAUUACCCCUCACCACCUGACAACCUCUACACACUGCAACCAAUUGAUCCGAUCCACAAUGUUCCGCAUCGCUUCCACCAUAAAUAGGGCUGCCCGUCCCACCGUCUCUCAACUUGCUCAUCAAGCAACAUCCUCUCUCCCACGCAACUUCUCAACUACUACUCCAAACAACAUGAAGGUUCUCGCAGUUCUCUACGAAGGCGGUAAGCACGCCGUUGAGGAAUCUCGUCUCCUCGGUACUGUCCAGAACGAGCUCGGUCUCCGCAAGUGGCUCGAGGAUCAGGGUCACGAGUACAUCGUUACCUCCGACAAGGAGGGUGCCAACUCUGAGCUCGACAAGCACAUCGUCGAUGCCGAGAUCGUUAUCUCCACCCCCUUCCACCCCGCUUACAUCACCCGUGAGCGUAUCGAGAAGGCCAAGAACCUCAAGGCCUGUAUCACCGCUGGUGUCGGAUCCGACCACGUCGACCUCACCGCCGCCAACGAGAAGGGUCUCCUGGUCGCUGAGGUCACGGGCUCCAACGUCGUCUCAGUCGCUGAGCACGUCGUCAUGACCAUCCUCAACCUCGUCCGCAACUUCGUCCCCGCCCACGAGCAAGUCAUGGCCGGAAACUGGAACGUCGCCGAGAUCGCCCGCGGCGCCUUCGACCUCGAGAACAAGGUCGUCGGAACCGUUGCUAUCGGCCGUAUCGGUGAGCGUGUCCUCCGUCGUUUGAAGGCUUUCGACUGUAAGGAGUUGUUGUACUUCGACUACCAAGCCCUCGACCCCCAGAAGGAGAAGGAGAUUGGAUGCCGCCGCAUCAACGACUUGAAGGAGAUGCUCUCCCAAUGCGACGUCGUUACCAUCAACGCUCCCCUCUCCGAAUCCACCAAAGGAAUGUUCAACAAGGAACUCAUCUCCCACAUGAAGAAGGGCGCAUUCCUCGUCAACACCGCCCGUGGUGCGAUCUGUAACGAGAACGACAUUGCUGACGCUCUCGCCUCUGGCCAGCUCUCUGGAUACGGUGGUGAUGUGUGGUACCCUCAGCCCGCUCCCAAGGACCACCCUUGGCGCAAGAUGCGUAACCCCCUUGGUGGAGGAAACGCGAUGACACCCCACUACUCUGGUACUACCCUUGAUGCGCAGAUUAGGUAUGCGCAGGGUACGAAGGACCCUCCUGAUGUUAUCGUGGAGAAGGGUGAUUACGCUACCAAGGCUUACGGACAGCGUGAGAAGAAGAAGCAAUAGAUUGUCUGCUGCUCGUCUGUGAAAGAGUGAAGGAAUAAGAUAAGUUUUGAGGGGAUGUAAGAUUAACGUAGCGUAUAUACCUUUUUGUCUCUGAAUAUAUUCAUAUGCAUACUUCUUCGUUCGCGAUCCGCUCUCUCUUUGUGCUCCUGUAACUUGAUCAAAAGCUUCUUGGACUUCAUACGAGACCUGCCUUGGUCCGUGCAGAGUCUCUCACAAGCCGUCCGCUCGCUGAAUUGCAAGUCCGUCGACCAAAUUCGAGUAGGAUCAUGUUACCGUGCCACGUGUACGUCGUGAUUCAUAGGCAUCUACACUUCUCUCGCUCGCAAUUGGAAGAUUCGGAGUACAAGGACGUCUUCGUCAGUGAACGGGAAAUGAAUUAAGCCGCUUCCACCAACUU